AUGGUCGUUCAACUUUUUGUUCACAGUGAGGUCAUGGAAAUUUCCAGUACAUCCGGGCUGUAUGAAAUGACACGUGACAGUUUUGAUAAAGACUGCCAUGGAAAGACGUUAGAUGGAAAUUGUUUUCUUCAGAGCAGAUUUCAGAAAUUGUUUCUGUGGGGUAAUUUGAGCCUAACCAAAAAGACAAACCUCUAUCAGUGACAAAGCUUAAACUUUUAUUAAUAUCUAUCUGGGAAACAAACUUAAAAUUUAUUAUGGACUUAAUGGAAUGUGAGAGUCCUGAUGAAGAUCAUAUACCAUAUGAUCUCGAUGAGGGGAAAGAGUUUUUUUUAACUUCGGCCGAUAAAGAUAUUACAGGUGGAGAAUUUCACGAAGGGAGACAAGAUUACGACAGAGACAGGAGACGAGCAAUGAUUAAUGCAUGGGUCAGGAAAGGGACAUGUAAAUACCAUAUACCAGAUUCCACUGAAAUGCCUAUGGAUAGCUCAAAAAUAAUCUUGCCUUCAAGGCCGGCAAAAUCUUAUUUUACUAGUGAUUUAUCAAAGAUCACUGUAAAAACGGAAAACAGAUACCAGUUACCAUUUAGCUCUGAUUUGGGACAAAUUUUAUUUUUACAUCAAGACAACCAGGGAGAAAAAAGCAUAAAAGAUGAAAAAUCCUUGAAAGACCAAUUCAGCCAAAAAUCGAAUCCUAAAAAAACCAAAUCAAAAGAUACGUUCCUUUCAUUCAUUUCUUGUGAUACAAGACAGCAGGCAACAACUGAAUCCAAACAGAAGCAUAAAGAAAUGCGGCAGGCAAUAAAAAUUGAAGAUUCUGAUUCUGAAAACAGAAUUUCCUUUGGACAUCCCGGUUUCUCUUUGUUCGAUAAAGCAUCUAGCACUGACUCUGGGUAUUCCAAUAAACCCCAUUUCCAUAUUAUUACUGAUUCGAGUUGUUCAGACAUAUCAGAUUUAUUUGACUCUAAUGAGUCUGACGAUCAGUGGGUUUCAUUUCCAGAGAUGCAUUUCUCCAUGCCUCCCGUUGAAAAAUGGAAUGUAGAAAAGAAAGCAAAUAACCAGAAGAAAAUCAAAUCAAAAAAACAAAAAGAGAGACAACUGAAGAGGAAAAUCAUUCGUACACAACACAGUGCAAUUUCAUUCACAGAUCAAUUGUUAGAAGCAUCCACACUUGAAGCUAAACAAAUGUUCACAGAGAAUUCCUAUCGAAUUAUCAUAGUUGGUACAGUGGGAUCAGGAAAAAAUAGCCUUGGAAACAGUUUAAUGGGUUGUCAACAUUUCAAAACAGGAAUUUCAGGUUCAAGUGCAACUCGCAAAUGUGAGAAGGGAGAAGCUUUCAAUCAUGGAAAAAAUAUAACUGUUGUAGAUACCAUAGGGUACACUUCUGAAGUUUUAAAAAAAUGUAAACUUCUGAGGGCAUUCGAUAAAAUUUCACCCGGGCCGCACGCAGUUUUAAACGUAAUUCCCUUUUCUGAAAGGUUUACAAGUGAAUUUUUUUCCUCGAUUCAACAAUUUGUGAAUCUCGUCGGGAAGGAAGUAUAUAACUACUUGGUAAUUGUCCUGACACACGAAGACCAGUUAGAAAUGGAAAAUCUAACAAUAGAUGAAUUCAUAAAGUCGUCACCAACGGAAUUCAAAGAAUUACUUAAUCAGUGUGAGAAUCGCAUUUUUGCUAUAAACAAUCGUGCAACCGAUGGGGCAAAGCAUAAAAAAGUAAAACGGCUUAUCAAAAUUAUAGAAAAAAUUAAGAGAAAAAAUGCUUGUUUUGAGACAUAUGACGAGUUUCUGUUUUAAAGGAGCCUUUCAGACAUUUUUUUAAAAAAUAAAAAUCAGCAUAAACCUAUUUCCUUUUGGUUAGUGAUAAUAGAAUUUAAAACACAGCCUGAUGAACCCUACAUGAAUCAAAAGAACAAAUAAAA